AUGACCGUCAACUACAAUCUUUGUGUGGCUACAUCUCAUCCCUGGACUCUCUUACGUAUUCUUCUUCGUUGGCGUGGAAGCCUUUGGAAGGCGGUGGGAAUUCAGGCGGCUAUUUGGUCGAUACUUUUCUGUCUCAUUCAUAUCGCCCAGCGCGAUUUCAAAACGUUGCUCGAGUACUGGAUCAGCACAUUAAAGACAUUCCACUUGAUUUUAUGCUCGGAUUUUUUCGUCACUGUGAUCGUAACGAGAUGGUCAACACUAUUUAACAACAUCGGUCUCAUAGAAAACCUUGCCCACACCAUUUCUGCAUGUGUUCGGGGCUCGGAUGACAAGACCAGAACACGGCGGAGAAAUAUAAUCAGGUAUUCUGUUGUCGCACAGCUGCUCGCCUUCCGCGAUAUUUCCGUUCAAGUUCGAAAACGGUUUCCAACCAUGGAUACGGUUGUCGCUUCUGGAUUUUUGAUGAGUCACGAGCUAAAAGAACUCGAAGGACUCAACAGUGCAGCAGCGAAUAUGGGAAAGCACGGCUGUCUUUAUGGGAAGACUUGGAUCCCAAUCGAAUGGGCCAUCACCCUGCUGAAGAAAGCCAGAUAUGAAGACGAAACUAUUUCAAGUGAUAUCUUGCUCUCGAAGUGUUUAGAGGAAAUCCGACGAUUCCGCACGAAUUUGCUUACUCUUACUAACUACGACUGGGUGCCGCUUCCAAUUAUGUACCCUCAACUCGUCACUCUGGCAGUGCAUCUCUUCUUCUUCAUCGCCCUCUUUUCGCGCGCCAGUUCUCCCCUUCUGGAGAUCCAAUCACGGUGA